UAAUCUUACCUACAAAUCCAUAGAAAAUUUUGAUGUUCACGAAAUGAAAUAGGAUUGUUUUUCUUUUUCAUUUUUUUGUGCACGCGUGAAAAUCUAGAUCCAGUGUGUGUGUGUGUUUUAUGAUUAUUAAUAUUUUCAGGUGCACUUAGUUUUCACGGAUACUAUUUUGGUGGCUCCAGGAUAUAAAGAUGGCGGUGUGUGACAAAUUAGGAUUGAAGCACAACAUGAUUAAUGAUUACGAUGGCCAGUAUGUAAGCAAUAGAGAAGCAGCAACAGCUGCUGAUGACUGUAUGCACCCAAGCUUUUCAAUGCCUAAUGCUUACUGCAGAGCCGAUGUACAUUUCCAGUCCUUGCAUGAUUACUCGAAUAAUAUGCAACGGGCGAGUGAUCUCCUCGUUGCAGUCUCAUCGAGUGCUGAGGUACACAAGGAAAGAAUUCUUGAUCUUGCAUUUUCUGCCAGUGAAGAGCUCAGGAUAGUGGCUCAAGAACAACAAUCACUGUGGCUUUUCGACAUUGAUAAUGGCUGUGAGGUUCUAAAUCAAGCAGAAUACAAGCGAAGAUUUGAAUCAUUUGAUCCAAAUUUGGAGGAAGUUAUUCGAUUGAUUUCAGGAGGGAAGCCAUAUGAUCUUCCAGACCUAAAUGAAAACAUCGAGUCAUGUACGACACAGAAGAUGAAUUCUGAAAGUUCUAGGGCCAAUGGGGUUGUUUUCAGAGAGCCUGUUUGGCUUGUGAGUAUGUUCAUGGAUGUGGAUAAAUGGUCAGCAGCAUUCUCAAAUGUAGUCUCAAAGGCCAUAAAUCUAGCAGUUUUGAACACAGGGAACAAGGAGAUUGCAAAUGGAUGUGUGCAAGUGAUGUACGCAGAAUUUCAUAACUGUUCUCCUCUUAUCAAGCCUCGACAAAUGUACUUCGUGAGACAGUCGAGGCAGAUAGACGCCAACACUUGGGUGGUUGCCGAUAUUUCUCUAGAAACUAUAUACCCCAAUCCAGUUCUAACAUCCCAAAGAAAGCCAUCAGGCUGUGUGAUUCAAGCCCUUCAAGAUGGAAUAUCAACGGUCACUUGGGUGGAACAUAACGCAGAAUGUAACGGCUUCGCGCACUCUAUGUUCAAGGGACUGCUGGAGUCAGGUGUAGUAUAUAACGCAAAGCGCUGGAUGUCAACUUUGGAGAGACAGUGCGACAGAAUAGCAACUCUAGAGGCACAAGACGACUCCCUUAAUGACGAAGGUCCUGGAGCUGCUAGGAAUAGUUUAUUGAAGUUGGCAGAAAGAAUGAUUAGACAUUUUAAUUUCAAUAUUUUCUCAAAUAUGGAAAGUGCGUGGAGAGCAGUGAAUCUACCUGGAGCUGAUGAAAUACUGAUCAAGACCAGCUUCAACCUAGAUGAUCUGCAAAUCCCUUGUCCAGUAGUUGUGUCGAUUGCAACUUCAGUUUGGCUACCUGUGAAGCAAAUCCAAGUAUUCAACUUCCUCCGGAAUGAGCAUAAUAGAGCUAAGUGGGAUAUUCUAUCCCAUGGUCUGGAAGUUCAAGAUGUUGUACGCGUUUCUUCAGCUCGCAACUCCACAGACUCUGUUUCAGUAGUUUCAGUAGGGUCUUGCUCAAAGAGAGGAGCAAUCACGUACCUGCAAGAAAGCUACAGCGACUCUGUGGCAUGCUACUUAGUCUACGCUCCCAUAGAUGUCCCGACCAUGCAUCGCAUUCUGCAAGGAGGGAGUGCAGAUUCCGUGGCAAUCUUGCCUUCGGGGCUCGUCGUUCUACCGGAUGGUUCCUCGACUCAGAAUAGUAUCCUCACCCUCGCAUUUCAGGUCAUUGAAGAAGAACUAACAACGCCGCAAGAGCUGCCAACAAGCUCUCUCAUCACAGCGUGCACUCUAAUUAAUGAAACAGUUUCUCUAAUUCGAACAGCCCUUCUACUGGAAGCGUGAGGAUGUUUGGAAAUGGCCUCCACCUCCCUACAGACACAUUUUGUUUUCAACAUACUUUCCAUUUAAAAUUUCUAGAUUCUGAGAUAGGAUUGGAU